CUGGGCGCAGGGAGGCGGGCCGGGCCGCGGCGGCGACGGCGGGCUCAGUCUUGGGUCUCUGCCGAGGCUCGGAGCACGGCGCGAAGGAGCGGCGGUAGGCGCGGCCUGGCCUCGCUCGCACGGCCGUCGCGGCUCGACCGGGAAAAAGAGGCGCAGGCGGCCUGCGCGCGGCAGCUCACGCUACCAGAGUACCGAUCUGCCUUCAUCUCCACUGAAGAAUCAUGAAGCCACACUCCGUCCCUGUGCUUACGCUAGCCUUCCUGACACUCCUCAUGUGGCUCCCGGUGUCACUGAGCUGCAACAAAGCCCUGUGUGCUAGUGACGUGAGCAAAUGCCUCAUUCAGGAGCUCUGCCAGUGCCGGCCUGGCGAGGGGAACUGCUCGUGCUGUAAGGAGUGCAUGCUGUGCCUCGGGGCCCUCUGGGACGAGUGCUGCGACUGUGUGGGCAUGUGCAACCCUCGCAACUACAGCGACACGCCCCCCACCUCCAAGAGCACCGUGGAGGACCUGCACGAGCCCAUCCCCUCGCUCUUCCGCGCGCUCACCGAGGGUGACACCCAGCUGCACUGGAACGUCGUCUCCUUCCCCGUGGCCGAGGAGCUCUCUCACCACGAGAACCUGGUCUCCUUCCUGGAGACCGUGAAUCCGCCGCACCAGCAGAACGUGUCCCUGCCCAGCAAUAACGUCCAUGCACCUUACUCCGGUGACAAAGAGCACAUGUGCACAGUGGUGUACUUUGACGACUGCAUGUCCAUACAUCAGUGUAAGAUCUCCUGUGAGUCCAUGGGGGCGUCCAAGUACCGCUGGUUCCACAACGCCUGCUGCGAGUGCAUCGGUCCAGAGUGCAUCGACUACGGCAGCAAAACCGUCAAGUGCAUGAACUGCAUGUUUUAAGGAGGCGCAGGAGGGGGAGACCCAAGCACUCGAGUCGGAAGGAAAGGCGCGCUGGGGCUCAGCGAGUCCAUGGCUGGAUCCGGGGCGGGCUGGGAAGGAGGCGCGUGCGCGCAGGGUGGGUGCCGGACGCCCCCGCGCUCCUCCUCUCCGCCGGCCCUGGCCUCUCCUUCCCAUGGUGCACAGCACUGGUGGUCGGAGGAGCAGGCACCGGAGUCCUUGGGAGACCUGGGUCCUCAGCCUGCGCGGCUUCCUCCUAGUGCUCACAGGACCCGCUGCCCGGAGCCGGGCUCCCGUGGCACCUGGACCCAGCGCCAUCCUGCGGCGCGCCCCUCUUCACCGUGCCUUGAGUCUGCUUCAGGAGCAGAGGGGUGUUCAGAUCGCCCCGGAAACGCGGAGAUCCCGGGCUUCCGCCGGCCGCAGAGAGCAAGCGCCCGCUGCAUUGUCCGCACGGGACGAUGCGCUGAGCAAGGCUCUCGUUCGCCCGCGCCCGGGGCGCACCCUGAGGCUGCACCCAGCACGCUCUGCAGGCAAGUGUGGUGUCUCGGGCGCCAGCCAGCGUGCAGGGAAGUGGCCUGUCCCUGGGGCAGGUGGGUAGCCGAGAGCCAGGCCACACUGGAGGUGACAGCCUCAGCCCAGGCGGGAGCAUCCACGAGGUGGACAGGAGGGCUCUCGGUGCUGGGAAUGCGAGAAGCACUAAACCUGGCGGCCGGUGCCCCUGUCCUUCACAGUCCCUUUCUGUCUGGCUCUCUUGUUCUCAUCCCGUGAGCGUCAGAUUGUGGGAGGUUAAAAUUCUGGAAUGUUUUAAGAUCUCUUCAAGACUCCGUUCACUCCAGAUGCACUACAGGAUCGUUUCCAGUGCAGCUUUUGUCUGUUUCAGUAGAGAGAAGCCUGCAUACGCUGCCCUUCAGGCAUGAAUCUGAAACCAGCCUUAUCACACAAACUCCUGGUUUUACAGAACUUCUCAUUUCUCUAGUAAAUAUUUGAAUCACAAGUAACUGUAGGAAUACCUCUGUAUGUCUUCCUAUGUUAACGUACACACAGAAAACGCUGUUGGAUAGUUUGUAUUAGUCAUUAUCUGAACAGUAGUUACGGGCUUAUUUGUGACAUUGUGAUUACAAUAAAGUUCACAGCUGGA